GGAAGAGGUGGGGGGAUGUGUGGUCAGCGGGUCAGGGGUGGGAGCCAAUCAGAGUGCCGGGCGGUGCAGGGCGCGCCAAUCGGAUUGCUGGAGGGGCGGGACAGUGGCUGGGGCGGUGGAGCGGCGGGCAGGGAGCGCGGGCGGUCGCGUUGGGUUUCAGAUCCGGAGCUGUGCGGUUUCGCUGCGGGGUACGGAGGAGGCUUGGCGCUCCCAGCCCAGGCUCCGCAGCGUCUCUGGAGCCUCGCGGCCUACGGGGGCCCACGAAGUCUCAGUCCUGGAUCCCGCAAAUCCCAAGCCCCCCGUUGCCACAGGCAGCCCUCUGGCAGCCAUGGAGGACCCACGGUUCCUGCAGGCCAACUGCUUCUUCCGUGGCAAGGAGCACAGCGUCCGGCUGAGCGUGAGCCGAGCAGCGGUGGAGGUGGAGCUGUUGAGGACCUGACACGCAGAACAGGCAAUUUCAAGCAGUUUGGGAUCUUCUGCAGCAUGCUGGAAGCGGCACUGAUGAAGAGCAGUGAGGCCGUCAGCCUGGAGCUGCUCACCUACAGCGACCUGGAGGCCCUGCGGUGCUGUAAGGUAGGGGUGGUUACACGUGUCCCCCCCCCAACCUCGCCACUCAGCAGCAAGCGGUACCUCAUCCUUGUCUACUGCGUUGAAUUUGACAGGAUCCACUACCCGCUGCCGUUGCCCUACGCUGGUGAGGCAGACGUGGCUGCGCUGCGACGCCUGGUGCAGGAGCAGCAGGAUGAACUGACACAGCUGCGGGACGAGCUGCGGUGGGCGCAGCAGGAGGUGUGGAGGCUGGAGGAUGAACGGCUGCGGGACAAGGCCUGGCAUCAGCAGGAACAGCGGCGGAUGACCAAGGAGCUAGCAGAGGUGAGGACGUCUGAAAAGAUGCUGCGGGCACAUGUGAAGACACUGACGGCUGAGCUGGCGGUGUGCAGGAAAGGGCGCAGCACAUCAGCCACAGCACCAGGCCCCCUGCGGGAUCGCCACCGCUCUAACUCCCGGGACAGCCGCAGUAGCAGCCAAAGCCACCUGCCACCACGGUCCCCAUCUCCUGCAGGCUCACGGCCACCACGCUUCAACCCUACAGCCUUUGUGAGAGCCCGCGAACAACGGCGGCAGGAGGCUGAGCUCCGAAGGCAGCAGCUGCCGCGUGGGACAGUGUCAAGCAGUGAUAACCCUAGGAGGAGGUGCAGGCGCAGCUCUUCAGCUGAAAGUUUCCAGAGCCGGCGCUCAGCACCGAGCUCGGGCAGUGAGGCCGACACAUGUCCCCAGCGCUGCAGCAGGGGCUUGGGGGGUCCUAGCACCCGGAGCCCACUGAGUGCUUCGUCCCGCAACAGCACCAGUGUGGCAUCUCACCUGGAUAGGGGCCGCAAACAGCACAGGAAAGAGAACGUAGGCGCAGAGAACGUAGGCACAGAGCCCUCAGCCACGCUGUCUGACAUCGACGCCCGGCUGCAAGCACUGCAGGCAUAUAUCAGCACCCUGGGCACUCACAUGUGAGCCCCCCAGGGGCCACCGGGAGCUCAUUCCAGAGGGACCAGACCCAGGCACUGGGUUGCCAUGAGGCUACCAGCGCCCGGGCCCCACUGUCCCCCAAAGGGGACAGCACUGGCAGGAUGUAGUGUAAUAAAUGCCCGCAUGGCUCUGUGGGGCGAGCAGCA